UAUUUGACACUAUCAUAUUUUAUCUUUAUGUAAAAGUGUAUUAAAUAUUAAUUUAGUUUAUUCAUAAGAAUGUGGUCCAAUAGUGGCAGUCACAAGUGAAUUGGGAGAAUAGUUUUGACUAGAAAUAAAUAUGUCUUUCCAAAAUAGAACAGCUUCUAAGAAAGGACUUGUAACUAAGAAUAAUAGGUAAACAUAUUUGACAAAUUAUGAAUUCAAAAUUAAGGAAGUAGCUAUUCUUGAAAAAAAAAAAAAAUUGGAGAACGAGGAAAAAGCAGCAGCAAGGGUUGUGGCAACAGCAGCGUAGAGAAGCUAAAAAGAAAACGGAGAAUUAAAAUUUCUAAAGAUAAGAAAUGAGAACGGGAGAAUCGGACAUGGGGAGAAGGCCGUUAUGUGUGGCUAAAAUGGGUUGUGGCAGUGUAUAUAAAAGAACGGAUUGUAAUGAACAAAGUUGCAUAUCAUUGCCACCCUUGGUUCACUAAUUGUCAAGGCGUUUCUGCAAUCCUUGAUUCCAGGGUAAAGGAAUAAGGGGAAAUGGCGAAGAUAUCAUUAGUUUUGGUGUUUUCGGUGGUGUUGGCUCUGCCAUUCCGUGCGGUUUUGGGCCAGGACGAUUGGAAGGAUCUCUUGAGUCAGGGAGGGCUCUCCCAAGACGCAUUGGACCAGGCCCGGAAAGCUAUAGGUGGGGCCGCGGCCCAGAGUGCUAUGGGUGGGGCCUCGGCCCAAGAUGCUGUCAGUGAUUACUUCGGUUCAGCCCUAAGUGGCGCCUCCUCUGACGACUCUGACGACUCUUCUUCUUCUUCUUCUUCUUCUUUCUACGAAGAUACCGAUGAAGGCCAAGGGUCAUCCUUGGCCGACUUUUUAGACACCGAAGCUGCAAGCCACGACACAGAAAUUUCACCCACGGGAUCAAUGGCAGAUUCACCGGUGGGAGCACCAGAUGCUUUACCUGAAAUUGAAGACGACGAAGACGACGAGGAUGAAGAUGAGGACGAUGAUACUUCUCCCGCAGGUGCACCAGAGGGCUCUUUCUCACCUGCCGAGGCACCAGUAGACUCAGACGACGACGAAACAUCUACCGAAGCACCAAGCAAUGCGCCAGUGGAAGCACCUGAAUCUGCACCCGCAAAUGCACCGGAAUCUGAUGAUGAUUUUGAGGAAGGUGAAGGGGCACCAACAAGUGCACCAACAAGUGCACCUACCGGGGAACCAGACAAUGAUGAUGAUGAUGAAGAGUUUGAUGAUUCCCACUCUUCUUCUUCACCCAGCAAUGCUCCCGCACAGGCACCUGAAGGAAACCGUUAGACCAGUGAUCCAUUUUCCUUUUAUUAACAUUAACAAUUACAUACAUUUUCUUGCCAACUGAAACUGUGUAUAGUGUAAGGGUGAUAUCUAUGUUGAGAAUACGGUUGGAGUGUAAAGUAACACCUACGCCCACUUUAUCCUCAUUUAACAUGACUUUUCUUGUUGAACAUAUAUACCUAAUUUCUAUC